GCUAGUUAGCUAAGUAUUUGGCUCAAAAAUUAAAAAUAGAUAUAUUCAUAGAGGUACGCCUGUUUCAGUGAAGCUCCUUUUGAGAGAAUAUACAGUUUUGCAGCCAUGUCUGAGGAAACAUGGAGCGCUCCUCAACUGGAACUGGAGGCCGUUAUUGGGUUUAAUGGUUAUGUGUUUUCUGGCUUGAGCGUCCAUCCAGACAAGACACACCUGAUCUAUCCCCUGGGAUGUACUGUUAUCCUAAAAUCAAUCAAAGAUGGCAAGCAAGAAUUCCUACAUGGACAUACAAACAAUAUAUCCUGUAUUGCCGUGUCCAAAAGUGGGAAAUAUAUUGCCUCUGGACAGGUCAACUACAUGGGCUUUAAGGCUGAGAUAAUUAUCUGGGACUAUACACAAAGAAGUAUCUACGCUCAGCUAGUCCUUCACACAGCAAAGGUGGAAGCUCUGUCCUUCUCCCCCAAGGAAAACUACCUGGUGUCCCUCGGGGGUCAGGAUGAUGGCAGCAUAGCGGUCUGGAACAUUGAGGCCAAGCAGGCCAUCUGUGGGAGCCCAGCUUCACCUCACAGCGCUGGUCACUGUCUCACUGUACAGUACUCCAACACCAAUGACAACAUCUUUGUUUCUGCUGGAAGUGGAACUUUACGUGUUUGGGAGCUGGACCUCCCUAACAGGAAGAUUCAGCCUUUGGAGUGUCAGACAAGCAAACUGAAAAGGAUUGUCAGAUGUAUUGAGAUCCCAGAGGAUGAUCAGUUCAUUUUGUGCGGCACCACCAGUGGAGACAUAAUGAAAGUCAACUUGAAGACAGGCCUUCUGAGUAACUAUGGUCCUGUUAAAACAAAAUACAGCCUGGGUGUCACCGCCCUAAAAAUAUUGAAAUCUGGGAAUAUACUUGUUGGAUCUGGAUCUGGUUGUUUUUCUCUGUGUUCUGGCACCAACUUCAAAACCAUUAAACAAGUCAACCUAGAAAAAGGAGUGACCUCCAUCGCUAUCAGAGGAGAAGGACAGCAAUUUUUUGUUGGAACAGAAGCUGCUCAGAUGUACCGCUUCCGUUAUGAGGACUUCAAGGCUGAACUCAUAUCCACGGGUCAUCCCAGUGCAGUAAAAGAUGUAGCCAUACCUUAUGGAACAUCAGAGUUGUUUGCUACCUGCUCGUAUGAAGACAUCAGGGUGUGGCACAUCGGUAAACCAAAAGAGCUGCUACGCAUCACCAUUCCCAACAUGACCUGCAACGCCUUGGACUUCAUGACUGAUGGAUGUCGCAUCAUCAGUGCAUGGAAUGAUUGCAAGAUUCGUGUGUUUGCACCGGAAAGUGGCAAGCUUAUGCACGUCAUUCACAAUGCACACAUGCUGGGAGUGACAGCUAUUGCAGGAACCAGAGACUGCAAGAGAAUAGUCAGCGGAGGGGGAGAGGGACAGGUGCAAGUUUGGGAGUUGCAGCCAUGUGGACACCGUCUGCUUGGAACCAUGAGCAGAAAAGCGUACGAGCAAGAGGAUAAAGCCAUGAUCACUUGCAUCAAAAUCAAGAGUGAUGACAAGGAGUGUGUCACUGCCAGCACUGACGGUGCCUGCUUCAUCUGGGAUUUAGUGCGAUUUGUGAGUCUUCAAAUGAUGACUGCUAACACACUAUUCAGGACUGUGUGUUACCACCCAGAAGAACACCACAUCAUUACAAGUGGCACUGACAGAACAGUAACGUACUGGAAUGUGUACGACGGCUCGACCAUCAGAGAGCUGAAAGCCUCACAGUCAGGACCCAUUAAUGGAAUGCACAUCUCCCAGGACGGAAAGCACUUUGUGACAGGAGGAAAUGACAAGAUGCUGAAGGUGUGGGACUUCAUGGAAGGUGUAGUGACCCACGUAGGCAUUGCCCACGGUGGCACUAUCACCAGUGUUCAAAUCUGCACAAACAACCGCAUUUUGGUCAGCACCAGUGAAGACGGAGCCAUUCUUCGUUGGAAGUUCCCCCAUCCGUCUUCGUCUUAAUUUGACACACCGCCUUAGAUGCUCAAAUGAACAGUGGAUUAAUCAAAUAACACUGCAUGUAUUCUCACCUUUGUCCAGAACUGUCCUAAAAUAGAAACAUUCCCCUGCCUGCACAAAUGUUAGUGAAAGUUUUGACUGUUAACUUUCAAGUUAUGGAAUGUAUCUACACUUCGAUCAAUAGAAAUAAAUAAUCUGAACUCACCAGUA